CUCUCCUCGGCCCUGCUGUUUGAUGCUGUCUAUGCUGUGGUGACUGCGGUUCAGGAACUGAACCGGAGCCAGGAGAUCGGCGUGAAGCCCCUGUCCUGUGGCUCAGCCCAGAUCUGGCAGCACGGCACCAGCCUCAUGAACUACCUGCGCAUGGUAGAAUUGGAAGGUCUUACCGGCCACAUUGAAUUCAACAGCAAAGGCCAGAGGUCCAACUAUGCCUUGAAAAUCUUACAGUUCACAAGGAAUGGUUUUCGGCAG